CCACCUGUCGGAUAUCCCUCUGCCUUCCUUUCCUCAAACACGCUUUCUCUGUAAUGUCACUCGCUCACGGACUCUCGCUCUCUUUUUGCACACACACAUCGGGCCGCCUCAGCCCUUGUUCUCUCACAAUGGGAUUAGCGGUGUGAUUCCUCCACUCCUUUUAAGUGGGCACGCCACCAAUCCACUUGCCAUAGACUCCGCUGAAUACUUAAAAAGAGGGAAGAGGAGGGGAGGGAGAAAGAAGGGGACAAGGGAAAAGGAGGGAAGAUGAAAGGGCAUGUGAACGGGAGGAAAAGGGAGUGAGGAGAGAUGAAAAGGGGACCCGGAUGGGAGGAGGAGGAGGACACGAUCCUAUUUGUGUGUGAAGUUACUCGACACUUUUUAGAUGAUCAAACGUGACUCCGUCUGGAACAGACCAGAUGGAGAGAUGGAAGGAAGACAGCAAGACAGAGCAAAGAAAGAGAAGGAAGCGCAGGACAUAGAAGGGGGAUCGGCUGGGGACUAAUAGCCAGAGAUGACUAUGGACAACAGAAAGAGGCCAGCGGGCUCCUCAAACUCUGGGAGCUUGGUGUACUGGUCCUCCUCGUUUCCGCGGCAACCGGCCAGGGUCCUGAUAGUGGAGGCGCUGCCGCCCCGGUGGUCAGAGACCCGUCCUGCGCUCUGUGACGCUCUGGAUAACUUUGUGUCCCUGGCCUGUAGCCUGGAUGGACCCUGCAGGAUACCGCUGCUCAGCCUGUACGCCAUCAGCAGGCAGCAGGAGUGUCUGCUGCCAUUUGCGCAGGUCCGUGGUAACCUGGCCAGGCUGCGCUCCUGCGUGGAGGAGCUGAGGACUCUACCGGGUGAAGGUUGUGUCAAAGGAGCGGCCAGAGGAGGCGAGCUGCUGCGCCAGGCGGUGCUGGACAGUCUGCAGCAGUUUAAUCAGUUCAUCAGACACGCCGGCUCCGGCAGCCGAGCCGGCAGCAAUAUCUCUGUGGAGGUCACCGUGGUGACCAGCCAGCCAGGACGGGGCGUGGUUCGCCGGCUGGAGGCGGGGCUCAAGGACGCCGACCUGACGUCACUGAGGCGGCUGCUGGUGGUGCAGAUCUGCAACGCGGCCGACUGGGGCCGAGACGACCAGCCGCCCGGGGCUCCGCCCGGCGAGAUCGAGGACUCUCUGAUGUUGGGAACGGAGGUGGACCUGCAGCAGGUGGAGAACAGCGUGUUUACCAUGGAGAUGGUGUUGAAGGCGUGGCUUCAAGAGCAGGGGGGGGACAGAGAGCACGUCCACCUCCUGCUGCCCGGCCCCCAAGACGACCCCGUUCCAGUGUGUGUGAAGUGUGACAUGCAGGAGCGACUGAUAAGCCCCGCCCUCAUCCCCCUGAGCCCCAACCUGGGGGUGAACACCGAGAGCGUCCGGGACUUCCUGCCUCUUGAGAAAGGAUCAGCCAAUCAGGGCCAACAGAGACUGAAAGCAAUCAAGACUCUGCGAGCAGACGGAGUGUGUGAGAGCGUGUUGUACGGCCUGCCGCUGGUGCUCCGCCCCACCGCCUGCUGGCAGCUGGACUGGGAUGAGAUGGAAACAAACCACAACUUGUUCCACGCUCUCUGCCACACUCUCAGGAGCCGGGACCUGUUCCUGUUGCUUCAGGUGGAACCUGCACAGAGAUCUACAGCUGGAGGCUCAGGUGUGUACUCCCACUACGUCCUGCAGCCAUCCCCCUCCCUCUCCCUCCUUCUGAAGCCUGUGGCCUCCAGGGAGCUGCUGCUGCCCUGCUCUCUACCCGUCUCCACUCAGGAAGCUGCACCCGAUGCCCUGCACACCAUACAGGGCUGUCUCACUCAGCUGGAUGAGGAGUGUGUGUUCAACCCUCUCGCUCUGAGCAGCAACUUGUACCGGCACCUGAGGAGCAGAGGCCUGCUCUCACAGCCACGAUACCCGUACAGGCUGCAGCCAGCGGGCGCCCGCAGAUACCAGCGUCCACCACUAGAGGGCCCUGAAACCACAGCCAGCAGGCCGCCGCGGCAGCCACAACACCACGGCCGCCAACUGGGAAUGAACAGCAAGGCCAGGGCCACUGUGGCUCCGCUGCCCUCUUUAUCCUCCUCCUCCUACUCCUCCAUGGGACCUCCUCCUGCCAAGGCUCCUCGUCCGGCUCUGACGCUCCUCGGCAGCGGGGGCUGCGGCGGCAGUGGAAGCCGCCGGGCCCCGUCUCGACACGAGGAAGGCGAUGAUGAUGAUAAUGAUGACGACUCCAUGGUAAUGCAGUAAAAGAAACAAAGCUUUCUGAGAGAGCAGUUCGGUGACGGGGAGGUGACGGAGGGGGAGAGAAGAGGCGGUGUGCGGCGUCCCCAACGAGUCCUUUGACACACACUGAGAUCCUGCAGCAUCCUGAUCUGACCAGUGAACCACAGUACAUCUUAGUCAGCACACACACACACACACACACACACAUGGCUAAUCGGGCCCUAGUGCAGUUAUUGAGUUAUUAGACAGCACAUUAAACUUUGGAGACUUUGUAAGGGGGGGAAGGACACAUUUAUCUCCAUUCAUUGUCACCACGCGGUGACGGUUUUCAUAUCUAAUCUGAAUUUC